AUGGCUUCCCAGCAAGCGGUCCGCCGCCGCUACUCCGUUGCUGACCGAGUGCCUGCGGAUUCAAUCAUGCCUGCUACAACCGCCGCUCCCAGCCCGGACAACAUCAACAACAACCCAAAGACAACAGAUGCCCCCGUCGCUGCGAGCGUACCCGCCCGUGACCUCUCACGGACUCGCCAGCAGAAGCAACCUGCCUCAACAACACACAGCCGUCAGGACAGCGCCGCCUCAACAGCAUCGAUGCCUCCACCGCCAGUCUCCCGAGAGGAUGCUCCCCCCUUUAAACGUGGCCACUCACGCUCAAAGUCCAGCAUGUGUCGACAGGUCAAUCGACUCUCGCUAACCCUUCCAAUUGCUCCCCCAACCAGCGAUCCGUCCAGACCGACUCCCACCUCUGUUUCCGUGCCCCCCACGCCUAUCGACUCGGCUGCCACUUCACCCUCCGACGCCAAUGAGUUCAUCAUUGCCAUUGCCGCUCAGGAGAGACGGGUGCUGGAACUUCGUGAGGAGUUGACUCGUGCAGAGACAGAUCUAAUUAUCCUGAAGAAGAAAUGGUCCUCACAGGAUGCAUCCCGCAAGAGGGCUGAACAGUACCCUCGAGAGGCUGUCCGGCCCACGACCCAAACCUCUGACGAUGAGCCGACAUCGGCAAGACGCAGCGUCGACCAGGACCGCAGAAAGCUAUUGCAGCAGAGCCAGCCUUCAACUCCCCAAACACCUCAAGGUCGACGAAAGGUCAUGCGCGGCGGCCACACCAGAACCCUGUCUCUCCUUUCUCCAGGAAAGGACGGAGCCUUCUCCCUCUACGAGGACCGCCCAGAUCAGGAAUCCGUCAAACUUCCCACGAUUGAGCGCAGGGCUGCUCAAUUAACCAACCCUAAUCUGGCCAAGAGGGCCUCCUGGGCGCCGCGUUCCCAGCAAAACGUCCCAGGCGUUGCCCAAAUGGCAGAGGACUUUAAACUAGGCUUCAAGGCUUUUGUCGACGACAUUCGUCAAAUCACAGUCGGAGACGAGCCGAUUAAUGGUCAGCAACUUCGAUCCAGGGCAAUUGAAUCCCGUAACUCACUAGAGAAUCAAGACACUGUUAGGCCGAGCCACGCCCUCCGACCGAAAGUAAGCACCGUGUUUGAGCCUCCUCACUCGGCCGAGUCGAGCCCAGUUCGAGGUGCCAAAUCCGCAACGGCGACGAAGGAGACCCAGGACAAGGCAAAGACUAAGGGCAAACACUUUUCGUGGACCCCUCUUGGGGUUGACUCACUCGACGACAAUGAUUGGUCCAACUGGGAAUCGCCGGCAUCCACCAAGACCUCGCGCUGGAGCGGCUCGACCAUGGGCAGCAGCCUCGACGACACGCCCGAUGAGGACGAGCCGACCUCCACGCCCUCAAAGAGAAAGUCGCUUGGCUUUGAUUCCCCUCUCCUUUCCCCCAAGCUAGAGGAAAUCUCGAAUAUGGUCAACCGACUCACGCCGACCAGUCUCAAGCGAACCGCGACCAACCUCAUGGAUGAGUGGGAGAAGUCACUAACGGAACCCCAAGUUCAACAGCGACGGGUCCCGAGCCAGGCCCGGGGCAAGGCUCAGAACAAGGAGAACAGUGUAUAA